AUGAUUGAAUCAGAACAAAAUAAUGGUAUAUUAUUAAGUGAAGUAAAAAAACAUAAUGAAAAAUCAAAUGCAUGGGUAGUAAUUGAUGGACAAGUUUAUGAUAUAACAUCAUUUAUAUAUGAUCAUCCAGGUGGUUCCGAUAUUUUAGUUGAACAUUUAGGUGAAGAUAUUUCAGAUGUUUUCAUAGAUGGUCAAUUACAUGAACAUUCAUUAGUAGCCUAUAACAUGUUAAAACAAUAUUCAAUUGGUCAAUUAGCAGGUUACCGUAAACCAACAACCAAACCAACAGUUUUAGAAUAUAUUAAAAAUCAACAAAAAUUAAAACAAGAAAAACAAAAAGAUGGUGCUGACAUAAACAAUAAUAACAAUAAUAACAACAAUAGUAAUAAAAUUUCAUAUACAUCAGAUAAUUCAAUAGAUGAGAAAAUUUUAAAUAGUAUAGAUGUAAAUAAAGCAAUGGUACCACAACUUAAAUUAUUAGAGGGUAAAAACUACUUAAAAUGGAUUCAUUCUCAAACUGGUUUAAAUAAAAUCAUCAUUUUCGAUAAUUCAAUCUUAGAAUUAUUCACACGUUGGCCAUGGUGGUAUAUUUUCAUUUUAUGGAUACCAAUUAUUACAGCAUGUUAUAUUUAUUCAAUAAUUCAAGAGAAAUCAUCAGUUUUAGUAUCAACAGUUAUAUUUUUUAUAGGUUUAUUUAUGUGGUCAUUAAUUGAAUAUAUUUUACAUAGAUUUGUAUUUCAUUUGGAGACAUCAUCAUAUUGGGGUAACUUUUUCCAUUUUUUCAUUCACGGUAUUCAUCAUUUAACUCCAAUGGAUCAUACUCGUUUAACAUUUCCACCAGUUUUCUCUGUGUUUAUUGGAUAUGGUGCUUAUAAACUUUUCUUAAAUUUCCCAGACUUUUUACAAAUCACUGGUAUACCAUGGGCUCUCUAUUCCGGUAUUGCUUGUGGUUACAUGCUUUACGAUACUUUCCAUUACUAUUUCCAUCAUGCCGAUAUCGAUUGGUUACCAACCAUCUUCAAAACAAUUAAAACUAAUCAUCUCAAUCAUCAUUUCAAAGAUGAUAAUAGAAAUUUUGGUGUAACUUCUCCAAUUUUUGAUUAUGUUUUUAAUACAAUUUAA